AUGUAUAACGACAUGGAUUUUGACGUGGCCGUUAACGAUAUUUCCAAUCAGAUGGUUGUGAUACACGAUCCCGAGUUGGCACUGACUAUAGAAAAAUGGGUGUUGAAGUUGACUGCGGAGAACCGAGGGGCGAACGAGCUCAAGUAUCUGCAACUGUUGCAAUACAUGAUGGCCCAAGGGCGGAUUAACGGACCGUUCGUGAAGGAUCCGCCGCCGGGUCCUCUAGUGUCGUUGAGCCGGUAUGUAAAUCCUUGCAGCGGUCACGGCCGUUACAGUGGCGGACCCGAGUGCUGGCAGACGAGCAACUGCAGCAGGGGCGCUCAGACGAGAUACGAGGAAGAUGACGGCGACUACGAAUACGAGGACAUCGAAAAUCAGAUGAACAACGACGAAACGACGGUAGACCACGACGCCGUCGGAGACUCGCAGGACAACGACGGGGAACUGCAGGUGCCACGCUCGGAGGAUGUUAGCCUGAACGACGGAGGGGUGCAAGCGAAACGCGAUGGUCAUUUGGCGGGUGGUGGCGGAGGUGAGUGUCGUAGCGGUGGCGAGAAGAGUGCCCCUAAAAAAAAUCCGUUCGCCAAACUGUGCAACCCGUGCUUGGACAAUUUCGGACAGCACUUGCUAAAGAAGCGCCCGGGACCAAUGGACGCGGCUUAUAGGGAUUUGCUAGGAGACUGCGUGUUGCCCGUGUUCACGGAAGCGGAACAGAAGACCGUCGGUCCGGAACUUUUGCGGGUUUUGGAGGACGUCGACGACUCCACUACGUUACAAGAAUUUUACUUCCAGGUGUCACUGUACACGUGCGACCGGGGAGCGCUGAUGAUGAAGCUGUCGGACGGCAUGGUGGACGACUUUAGAACGUUCGUGUCGGACGUGUUCGAGAGCCGCACGGAACACAUCAGCGACGGUUUGGCGAAGGAGCAGAUGGCGCUGUGCGAGAAAUACGCGUACCUGUACGACCGAACGCUGAACCGGGCCACGGUGGCUUUAGACUUCCUGCGGGAAGCCAUGCCGGUGUUUAGCUGGCACAAGUACCAGGCGGAACCGGACGAGUAUUUGAAGCGAAUGAUAAUGCGACGGGCCGCAAUUGUGGCCGCAUCGUCCGGGGUCAUGUCCACGGCUGCGGACGGCGACGGACGUCCGGCCGCGCGUGCUACCGCUCCGGUCACCGACGACGACAUCGCCGCCGCGGCCGCUGUGGACGACGACGACGGGGCACAGCAGUCGGCCAUCAAGAAGCUGCUGUACAGGCUCAACUGGCUGCGGACCGAAGUUAGCCGGGUGGACUGCGAGGGGCAGCGGCUGUACGAACAGCACAGCGAACUGACCACCAGCCUGGCCGACUUCAACCGCCGUCUUUCCGACACUCAGUGCCGAUCGGCCGGCGACAUCGACCGUCACAAAAACGAACUCACCGUGCUCCGCCAGCGGUCGGCCGACCAGACGGCCAUCAUCGACCGGCUCAUGGAGACCAUACAGUUGACCAUGCAAGACAAACAGCCAACGUCGGCUUGUUAA